AUGGCAUCCCAACUGCUACCCCUCGAGCUCAUCGACAAGUGUGUUGGUUCAAGGAUAUGGGUCAUCAUGAAGGGUGACAAGGAAUUCAGCGGGACUCUUCUUGGCUUUGACGACUACGUCAACAUGGUUUUGGAGGAUGUGACUGAAUUUGACUACUCCGGUAACCACACUAAGCUGCCCAAGAUUUUGCUUAACGGUAACAACAUCUGCAUGUUGAUCCCUGGAGGUGAGGGACCAGAGGGCGCGGCUUGA